AUGGCGCCGUCGGAGAUGCAGCGCGGCGCCCGAGCCGCUGGGCAAAACCAACACCAACAACAACACCAACAACAACACGGUGUCAGCAACAACACCAGCGGCGGCGGUCAGAUGAACAGGGACGCUGGGAUGCCCGCGUCGUCGCAGCGUCGGCAUGAUGGUCAGUGGUCGCACGAGGGUGCAUCCUCGUCGCGCCCGAACAGAGAAUUGAUGCCUGCCACAGCAGAGUCUUGGAUCGAGGUCGCCUCGCAGCCGUCGUCGUCGUCGCUGUCGUCCAUCGGAGACGAGAUCGUCACCACAGGUCUUCGUGUCGGAACCGGUGCUGGUGCGUCGUAUCCGCCCAGGCGGAGGCGGCCACAUGCACAACAACACCAACACCAGCAGCCGAUGCCCGGUUCGUUCAUCAUCGGUCAUCCGGCAACGCAGACCGGCGCGACGAGCAGCCAAGAGGAGUACGACGAGACGGAGAGCGAGGAGGAUAGGGUCAUGACGAGCUCAACGGAAGCCGCACACCCUGCUUCUGCUCAUGUACUCCGGCAGCACACCGCUGUUCGGGCGUCCGCUACUGUCGAGAGUGAUUCCGACGACGACGAUGUCGACGAGAAUGCCACAGCCCUCGGCCGCCGACCGUCCGACCACACCCCCAUCUUCCGACCGCAACCAAACGCCUUCUCCCACCCACCUUCUCAUCUCACCCACCGCCAUUCCACCGCCUCAGCGCCCCCACACUCCCACCCACACUCUGGUGCGUACUCCUCGCGGCCCCACGCCCGCCCCCAUCACCAUCGCGGCCCACCAAACUACAUGUCGCCCUCCUACCAAGCCGACAACGACGCAGCCCUCCGCGCUUCUUUGACCACCCUCCUCUCCUGCGCAGCCGCCGCCCGCGGUCUACCCAAAACCGACGACGGGCUCACCACGGCCGGCGCAGCCGGCGUCGGUGCCGGUGUCGUCCCGGGCUCCCAGCCCAUGGAACUCCGUUUGGUCCCCGAAUCCGAACUCAUGGCCACCGACAACAUCGCACCACCACCAGCACGACGUCCAUCCCGUCGGCAGGCUGCCACCACUAAUACAGCCACAAACACCUCCCACUCCCCACCAACAACAACCACCCGAACCCCCUCCAACUCCUCCUCUCCCAGUGGUCCCUCUUCCCACAACGGCCGUGACAACAAACGCGCCGCAGGAACGACCCCAUCAGGAGCAGCAGGCGCAAGCACAAAGAAAAAGCGCUCCCUCCAACACGGAGGCGACUCCUCCUCGUCUAGUGAAACCCUGAUCUUCAACCUCAGCCCUACCCUCUUAACAUGGGUUGUUAGCGCCGGUGUUGUCGUGCUGGUGUCUGUUGUUGGAUUUGGGGCUGGGUAUGUACUUGGUCGGGAAGUGGGACGGCAAGAGGGUGGUGCUGGGGGGGUUGUUUCGUCUUUGACUGGGGCUGGUGCUACUAGCACCGGCGGUGGAGGGAUAGCGACGAAUGCAUCGGCCGGGUGUGGGGGGGAGUUGUUGGGGGCUGGGUCGAGUGCGGUUGGAGGAGGGGGGACGGGGACGUUUAGGAGGAUGAGGUGGGGUGGGGUUGGGAGGAGUGUUACUGCUUGA